UGCUCUGCCUGCACACAGCUCUCUCUGUCGCUCUCUCUCAGUCGCUCAUAGACCUCAGCUGCCGCACGGACGCCGCUCUCACAGAGGAAAUAACCAUAGACACGUUACUGAAGAAAUCAGAGAGGAUGAGGAUGAGCGUGUGCCAGCGCUCACACGCCGUCGUUGGGGGCUUCAAACCCCUCCUGCUCCUCCUCCUCCUCUUCACCACCACCACCAGCAGCAGCAGCAUCGGGACCGUCGCCUCUCCUUUUCAGCUGGCCCCGGACACCCCGGCCCCAGCGGAGCCCACCCCAACUCAGGCCAGCCCUGGUCCAGACCCCUGUGAAGGGAGACCCUGCCUCAACGGGGGCUCCUGCCUGGCAGACGACACCUGGGAUUACACCUGUACCUGCAGACGGGGCUUCACGGGUCAGAACUGUGAGUUUUUUUCAGACCCGUGUGCCAGCAGCCCUUGUCUCCAUGGAAACUGCAGCCAGAACGAUGGCGGGGGGGAGGGAGAGGCAGCGUUCACCUGCGAGUGCUCUGAAGGCUACGAGGGAGAGAGGUGUGAUCAGAUCCUAUUGGACCUACCGGCCGCGGACUGGGACCCCGCCACCCCCUCCGCUCCUGAGCUGGCUACCCCCGCUGCGUCCACCACCACCGCUGCCACUCAGCCACCACAGCCAACCACCGUCCCCUCCACCACCACGCCGGCACCUCCCACCCUGCAGCCAUGGCAACCGCGGCCCGGACAGCGUCUGCUGGUGGUGCCAUGGGAGGCCGACAGGGUGACUGAGGGUCUCCACUGCGUGAGCCCGGAGCUGUGCGAGCUGACAUCAGCCACACUGACUUUAUCUCUGGAGGUCCCUGAGGAGACGGCGGUAAAGGUGGUGGUGAAUGCCAGUGGAGCUCCCACGCUGUGGCGUGUGAAUGAAGAGGGUUUCCUCCGUUCCUCCAUCUUGAACGGUACCAUGAUGUGGUUCCUGCAGGCCCACGAUGGACUGGUGGUGAUGGACCGUCUGCUGCCGCUGGGACAGAACUACUUCCUCAGUGUGUUGCACGUUGGCACCGCCACAGCCCCAGAGGUCACCCUGCGCCUCAACCUGACAGUGAAGGCCAGCAGCUGUGUGGAGCCCGGCAGCAGCUUCAGUGACCCCCAGUGCUCAGGGAAAGGCAGAUGUAUCACACAGCCGUCUGAGAGCACUUUCUUCUGUGAGUGUGACGACGGCUACAACGGGAUCUUCUGUGAGGAAUUCGACGCCUGCCACCACCGACCCUGUCGCAACAACGCCACCUGCACCGAUGUCAGACAGGGGGCGGGAGGACGCAACUUCACGUGCACCUGUCCUCCAGGUUAUGAAGGGGAGCGCUGCCAGCAGCUGGUCGACCACUGCGUCCCUCAGCCGUGUAAGAAUGGCGCCACGUGCUACAGCAGCUCGGCAGGGCCCAGGUGUUACUGUCCUGAAGGCUACCAGGGUGCUACCUGUGAGCAGAAGGUGGACCCGUGUGCCUGCAGCCCUUGCCAUAAUAACGGGACGUGCUAUACUCGUGGACCAGGGCUCCUGGGAUUCGGUUGCAGCUGUACGGCGGGCUUCACCGGCCCCACCUGUGCCCAGCUGGUGGACUUCUGCGCCCUGAACCCCUGCGCCCACGGGGUCUGUCGCAGCGUGGGGAACAGCUACAGGUGUCUGUGUGUCCCAGGCUACCAUGGCCUGUACUGUGAGGAGGAGUAUAACGAGUGUCUGUCGGCGCCAUGCCAGAACUACGCCACCUGCAGGGAUCUCAUCAACGCUUAUGAGUGUGUGUGCACGCCACAGUUUGAAGGCAGACACUGUGAAAUCUACAAAGAUCCAUGUCUGAAGCUGCGAUGCCAGAACGGAGGCCGCUGCGAGAGUUCAGGACUCAAUGCUUCCUGUGCCUGCCCGCCUGGAUACAAGGGGGAGAAUUGUGAGGUCGACAUCAACGAGUGCGAGUGCAACCCUUGUCACCACGGAGGCACCUGCAUCGACCAAUCAAAUGGCUACACCUGCCACUGCCAACCUGGGUGGGUUGGACCGAGCUGUGAGAUCCACCUGCAAUGGAAGCCUGCUCACACCGACGACACGCUGACCAACAUGCCUCGCCACUCCCUCUACAUUAUCAUCGGAGCGCUGUGUGUGGCCUUCGUCCUCAUGCUCAUCAUCCUCAUUGUGGGGAUCUGUCGCAUCAGCCGCAUUGAGUACCAGGGCUCGUCCCGCCACGCCUACCAGGAGUUCUAUAACUGUCGCAGCAUCGACAGCGAGUUCAGCAACGCCAUCGCCUCCAUUCGCCAUGCAAGAUUUGGAAAGAAGUCCCGGCCCGCCAUGUAUGAUGCCACCCCCAUUGCCUAUGAAGACUACAGUCCUGAUGACAAGCCUUUGGUGACCCUCAUCAAGACGAAGGAUUUGUAAAACACAACUUAAUCACAAGCCAAUCACAAGCUCUACACGUACCACGCACAGACACGUAGAUUCACGUACAUACAUGAAGAAAGUCAGUAAAAAUAAUACUCAUUUUUAAUAUUAAGAAAAAAUAACAGCAGCAAACAUAACUGAAUGUAAAAUGGAGGAAAAAAUCCAAAACAUGCUCUGUAGUUAAAAAAAUGGAGUUUGAUACGCCUAUUUUCCUGUCAGAGCCCACGAUAAGGCUUUACUGUAGCAUACAAGCUUUUUAGCAUCAGAUAAGUUACUAAAACAGACGGCACUAACCUCUGCUGAUCAAGGGCCGAGACGAACGCUGAGGUCAGACGCCACAACUUUUUCGUCCGUUACUGUGGUCACUAUGUCAGAUCAGGUAUGCCAUAACUAGCCAAUGGACUAUGCGGGGGGUACCUAGCCAAUGACCGCAACUGACAUGUAGACGUUGAAAUAAGGGGCGAGGCUAGACAACACCUGGAAAGAAGACAUGUUGUACAUACUGUACUAGAUAUUUGAAGUAUUUGUUUGUCUACAUUUCUCAUUUUCCUUACAUUGCGGUCGUCCCUUGGCAACAUAACGUAAAGGCAAAGAUGUUCUCAGAGUUGACAGACUUUUCUCUGUCUUUUAGUAAAUCUCGCAGCACCAUUUUCUUCGCUCUACCUUCAUUUGGUUUGCUUACCCUUGUGACCGUAGCACAUGCUGAACACUCUGUGCUCUCAUUAGUCAAUGCCUUUGACGUGAUGUAUGGAAUCAUUAUUGUUGCAAAACUCGAGCACAUUUCAACAUUUUGAGAUCAUGACUUAUUGUUCUAAACUGCCUCCUUGUGCUUAGAUUUUCUCUGCUUGUGCUCAAAAUGUCUGCUGGCUCUCAAAUCUUUAGUUGCUUGCUCAAAUUAUCUGUGUUUGAGCUCAAACCAUUCUCCUCUCAUGUAGGUUGACCCUACGUACAUAUUGCAGUUAAAAGUGACCCAAAAUCUGUUUUUUUUUUUUUGUUUUGUUUCUUUUUUGCUCAGACUUGACCCUUGCAUGAUUUUUCCUGAUAGCGUGAAUAGCACAAGUCACAUUGAAUCUUAUCUUUUCAUAUCAGCUUUUUUUUUCCAUUUUUGACCAAAAAUGGCUCUUGUUUUGACAUGGAGGCUUUUAUUUUGAAAAGCUCACCUUACUC